CAGACCUAUAAAUACGGGCUGACUUCUCAAUUGUCACAUACUCAGGAUCCUGCUCUCCCAUCCUCCGGGUGACAUCCAGUCAUGAAGGCCCUUGUCUUUCUUGCUGCCAUUUUCCUAGUGGCCAUCCAGGCCCAGGCUGACCCACUUCCAGCAAGAACUGAGGAGGCUCUGGACCAGGAACAGUUCGGGGCAGAGGACCAAGAUGUGCCUGUUGACUUCACAGGAGACGAGGGUUCUGCUCUUAGAGCUGCAGGUAAAAGAAGUACCUACAACUGCUCUUGCAAAAACGGCAAGUGUAACUUUCCUGAAAUUCUCAAAGGGAAAUGCACCAUCAGUAACGUCUCCUUCAACCUCUGCUGCCGCCGUACAUCAAGAACAGAGUAAAAUGAGUUCAAAUUUAUUUUGUGACCUAGAAGGAAACUGAUUUUACUCCUGUACCUCAUCAACAAUAUCUUUCCUCCUUCACAAAUAAAUUCCUUGUAGCAAGA